GGGCAAAUAAUAAUGAUGACAUGUCCGCGUGAGCUUAUAGGAUAUUAGGCCUCCCUGCCUGAUAUGGAAAGGUGAGACUGUUUAACUAAUAAUGAACAGAAAACCCAAAACUAAAAGCAUAGUCGCUCUUAUAGAUUGCAUUCUCUGUCCCACUGUUGGCGCUAAAAUACUGGCGCUUUCGACCACAUGGCGCGGAACAGGCAAGUCUGGUGUUGAUGAUAGGCACCCGAGCCCCUCGCAUAUGCUGUACUACACGAGUCGUCAGAGAUGGAGAUCGCUGUGCGGGAAGUUUGGUGCAAGCGAAUGUCCCAAUAUAAACGCGAUAUACCCUUUGACUCUUUGUCGAGAUGCAAAAUAUCUCAGAAUACAAUUCUGCCAAUGUUGUAGCAUAGGUAAGGUUAAUGAGGUCAAGUGUGCGCCAGUUCCUUGAUUGAUUUCUCAGCAAAGUAUAGAGAAGGACUAGCAGCGACACCGUUUCUAUGGAUUCUCAAG